AUGCUGCGGGCGACGUCGAUUGCCACAGGCGUGGCUGCUGCCCUGCUCUCUGUGUAUCUCACUGGAAACCUCUCCCUCUCACUUCGAUCGUUGUUCAACGACGCUGAACGAUACAGCUGUCGUCCUUUCCUACCAACUGUACUCUCUGAUGCGCUCUCGCUCCAUGAGGGCCCGAUUUCUCAGGCGCCGGCCUCGCUGGAUGAUUACUUUUCGACGCAUCCUGCUCGCGCCCUCAUCGACAGUCUCUCCGUCGCCGUGGUCACCUCCCGCGACACCAUAUACGAGCAAAACUUCGGCGUCACGAGAGGAAAUGAGAGCGGCUCGGCGCCGACAAACAGUCACUCGAUGUACAGGAUCGCAUCAGUCGCGAAGCUUUUCGCGGUCCUCGAAGGCCAUAUCCUUCAGCAAAAGGGCAUCAUCUCUUGGGAUGAUCCUAUCGACAAGUAUAUUCCCGGGUUUGUAUACAACCCCUCCGGCGUAAACCGCGCUUCCCCUAUGUUCGCGGUCGACACACCUUUGAUGACUCUCCGCGCUCUGGCAUCUCACACGUCUGGUCUGGGGAGGGACUGGCCACCUGGGACCGUCGCAAACUGGCCACACGAUCUCGCAGGUAUGGGCCCUCCGCCCACAAACGGUCUUCCAUUCCCUUCCUAUGACGCGCUCCUCGCCGCGAUUGCGCGCUACCCACUGGUUUCCCCGCCGGGAUACUCGCCCGCCUACUCAAAUACAGGCACCGCGCUCCUGGGAUACGCCCUCGCCGUGGCGAAGAGCGCGGCAGAAGGGGCGGCACAAAAGAUCAGCUACCCCGAGAUGCUCCAGCGCGACGUCUUCGGUCCCAUGUUGCUCAACGACAGCCACUUCCUCGCGACACCGGAGAACAGACACCGCAUCGUCGUGCCCUCGCUCGCGCCCGAAGUUGCAGACCAGGACUUCCUCGACGCGAUGAACCCCGCGGCGGGCCAGUUCUCGUCCCUUGCGGACCUCGUCGCCGUCACGCAGACGCUGCUCGACGCCUCGCACCUCCGGAGCCAGCUCACCGCGCACACGCUGCGCACCUGGCUGCGCCCCACGCACACCUUCGCCGAGGACGACUGGACCGCGACCGGGCUCAUGUGGGAGAUCAUCAAGCUCCGGGACUCGCACGGCCGCCCACAGAACGUCUUCUGGAAGCUGGGCGCGAUGGCCGGCUACCACGCCGCGCUCGCCGUGCACCCCAGCGCGGGCUACGGCGUCGUCGUCCUCCUCGCGGGACGCUUCCCCGACGCGGCGCGUAUCGCGUACGACGUGUUCGAGCGCGUGGAGCCCGCGGCCGACGCCGCGCGUGCGGACGCGGCGCGGGCGCUCUUCGCGGGCACGUGGCGCGAAGGCGAGAACGCGACGUCGGAGGUCCGGAUCGAGGUCUGGAGGGGCACGCUGUACGUGGAGAGGAUGAUGCUCGAGGGCGUGGAUGCGCUCAAGCAGUUUGGUGCGGCGGGGCCCCUGGCGCUCCGGUCGAGUGGGCGGCGCGAUGAGUUCCGCGUCGAUACGGGCAUACCGGGGUACAACGGUCUGAAGCACAUGGGCUGCUACCCGUACUGGAACGGGCAGGACUUGUGGGGUGUGCGCAACAACGCCGCCGUGAACGCCAUCUACUUUACGGGCUCACUGCCCUUGCAUGGGGGUAGAGAUGAGCGUCGUCUGCAUGUUCCUUCCCUCUCGUUGGUUUUGGAGAGGGUGUAA